ACUUUGUAUUUGGUUGGGCCCCCUAUAUAAAAGUUUAGUGCGGAGCUUCGCGCAGAUGCCUCGAAACAUUGGAGGAAGUUACGUGGGUUCGCUUAUUUUUAGUGUGUUUUUAGACUUUCGUGUCUGAAAUUGAGCGCGCGCGAACCAAACUCGAAUCCCAAAUAAACAUUAAUCCAAUAUAAUUUGGAAAUUCCAAUAGCCUUGCAAGUGUUGUGUUCUGCUCUUUCACUUAAUACGAAAAGUAGAAAAUCAUCUGUUCGAAUCAAGUUCUGUGUAAAUGAACUUCAAUUAACAUGACUUUGGAAUACUAAUUGAAAAGUUCAAAUUCCCAUGUGAUCGCGGGUGAAGUAAAGUUUUGCAACUUGAAGAACUUUGACUUUUUGCAUCUUGUUUGCAAAAAAAUGCGGAUCAGUUGACCGGUUUCACUAAGAAAAACACCGGGAUUCAGUUAGCAUCAAAUUAUUAGCAGAUAUUCAGCAUGGGUUUUAAAAUUCCAAUAAGAUUUUGGAUCGCCGUCAUGGUGUUUGCCUCAACCUACAUAAAUUACACAACUAGGAGUAACAUGUCAAUUAGCAUUACCUCAAUGGUAACACGAUCCAAAGACAAAGCAAUUCCGGAAUGCAAAAGAAAUGAAACUCUUCAAGCUACGAGUAAUGCAAAUAGCUCAGUAGUUAGACCUGCAGCAGAUUUUGGCCCACGUUACGAUUGGGAUGAAGAUAUUCAAGGAUUCAUCUUGGGAUCUUAUUUUUGGGGGUACGUAAUAUCCAGUGCUCCAGGAGGAUUUAUUGCUGAAUGGCUAGGCCCAUUCAACACCAUCUUUUAUGCCCAAAUCGUCACUGCCUUAUUUAAUUCUCUAUCUGUGUAUGGGGCACAGUGGCAUUUCGGGGUGCUGAUUUGUUGUCGAUUUGUUUUAGGACUAAUGGCUGGUCCGAUUUAUCCAGCACUUCAGUGUCUAAUUGCACGGUGGGCGCCACCAGCGGAAAAGGGUAAAUUCGUUAGUGCUUUAAUGGGCAACACAUUGGGCACAUGUCUUACAUGGAUUUUCGUUGGGAUGGUCACUGCUUCAGCUGGCUGGGAUUGGGGAUUUCAUUUCUUGUCCAUUCAAAUAGCAGUCUUCUGUGUGGUCUUCUGGUUCAUUGUAGACGACAGUCCAGAUGAACACAAAUGGAUCAGUGAGGAGGAAAAGAAAUUCAUUAAAGAUUCCCAAGCAAAAACGAUUUCCAAAGGAAAGGCUGUUCCUCCUUACCUCAAAAUGUUCACUUCGCUUCCAUUUUGGUCGCUCUGUAUUUUGCAUUUCGGAAACUUGUGGGGUUUGUACCUUCAAAUCACCGGAGUUCCCAAAUUUAUGAUUGAAGUCAUUGGCUUUAAUAUCAAGGCUUCAGGAGGUCUGGCUGCUUUGCCUCAUCUGUUGAGAAUGUUUUUCGGAAUGGGUUAUGGAUAUCUCGGAGAUGUUAUUAAAUCGAAGACCUCGCUGGGAACAACGCUCACCAGAAAGUCUUUUGUUUUAUUUUCUCAUAUAAUUCCUGGAGUUCUGCUGAUGUGUAUGACUUUGGUGAAAUGUGACCAUGUAGGAGCUGUGCUGAUCUUGAUCUUCAGUAUGUCGAUCAACGGCGCUGCAGUAGUAACAAACUUACAAAAUGCCCAAGAUCUCGCCCCAAACUUUGCUGGCAGCAUAUUUGGAAUAAUCAGUUUAAUUGGAGGAACUACCGGAUUUAUUACACCUGCUGUGACCGGUGCACUUAUGAAGGAAAAUAAUGGAAUUAACGAGUGGUCAAAGAACUUCAUAAUUGGAGGAAGCGUCUAUAUCGGUGCUGGUCUAUUUUUCAUAAUAUUCGGAACAACCGACAUUCAGCCUUGGAACGAAAAAGUGCCCGAAAGUGGCGCAGCAGACCCAGUUCCUCUCAAAACCAUAAUUGUCGUUCAAGACAGCGAAGAAAAAGCCGAACCAAAUGAAACAACAAAGCUUAAUCUGAGAGAGAAUGGGUUGCGCGAAGUGUUGUCAGCUAAUUCCCACCCGCUAUUUGAUUAUGGCCAUGAUAUUUUUCACCACCUACAUCAAUUACACAACAAGAAGUAACAUGUCCAUCAGCUUGCCAGCAAUGGUUAUGCCCGGGAAGAAAUUUAUAGCUGAAUGUAAGAAAGGCGAACAUACGUCCAAUAGCACUCAAA